AUGGCUACUCUCGCUCUCGUUGGCAAGGUUGCUAUGAUAACCGGUGGCUCGAAGGGCAUUGGGAAAGCCACAGCUCUUCGUCUUGCGCGUGAUGGCGCCAAGGUGGUUAUUCAGCACUUCCCCGACGACAAAGGCACCCAGGAGGUGGUGGACGAAAUCGGAGAGCUGAGCGCCCUGGCCGUCGAGGGCAAUGCGGGUAGCGUGGCUGACAGCGAAGAGCUGGUCCGUCGUACAGUGGAAAGGUUCGGCCGGAUUGAUAUUGUCAUUGCCAACGCCGGUUCCUUACCCAUCCGAGACCUUGCGAGCACCUCGGAGCAAGACUUUAACGACUGUAUCGAUGUAAAUGUAAAGGGGCCAUACUUUUUGAUUCAGAAAGCAGUCCCUCACCUCCAGCCGGGUGCCCGAGUCAUCCUAGUUUCCUCCGCCCUUUGUCACGUCUCCACAGUUAGCCCUCCCUAUCUUCUUUACUUGACCACAAAGGGUGCUAUUGAGCAGAUGAUUCGCGUUCUGGCCAAGGACUUGGGCCCAAAGGAAAUCACCGUCAACGCAAUCGCUCCGGGUCCUACUGAUACUGAGCUGGUCACACCCGGCAACUCGGAGCCUGCACUGAACGCUAUCAAGGGUAUGGUCCCCAAUGGACCCUUGGGUACACCCGAGGAGAUGGCGGAGACGAUGGCAUAUUUCAGCUGCUCAGCGAGUUCCUGGGUCUCAGGACAGAUUCUACGCGUGAAUGGCGGCAUGGCAUAA